UUCAGUGGAUGGAACAUGAGCAGCGAAGUAGAGGAUUGGAGCAUGGAGAUGAGCACUUUCGCUUUUUCAUGUGUACCAGAGCAACUUUGGACUCUCCUGAGCGGUGCGAGUCUCGCCAUGGAAGCAACUCUUCUGAGCUCUCAUCAUUUCAAUCCCCGAUUCUUCUCUCCAAAACCCUUCAAAUUUCCAGGUGGACAGGUUGAACAUGGUCUCCAAUUAUGUUGUCCAUUUUAUGCUAGAACCAAUGUUUCCCUUAAGUUGAUCUCGUCAGAAUCUAGUGCAAGGCGUUUUUCGCUGUUAAGCAGACCAUUCUUGUCCAGAGCAAACAAAAAGUUGUGUGUUAAUUUUUCAGAGCAGCUUCGAAGUGACUAUUUGAAUGCUGAGGCAACACCUUUGCAGUCUGUAAAUGAUGAAUUAUUUCCACAAAGACAUGAUGAUGGAUCAGAUGUCUUUGGCCCCCACAAUGUUAAUAACUCAGAGACCUUACAGCCCAGAACUAAAAUGUUCAGAAAUAGAUUUUUGAAUUUUGCACGGCUGGGUUCUGUGCUGAAUAAUGCUGCUGAAUCUUUUUUCAAGAGUGAGAUAAGACGGAGGUUAUUUGUGACAGCAGUAUUGCUUGUAAUUAGUCGUGUUGGAUAUUUCAUUCCUUUACCCGGGUUUGAUAGAAGGCUGAUGCCUGAGGACUAUCUUAGCUUUGUUUCAGGAUCCGUUGAUGAACUUGGUGAUUUUGCAGGAGAGCUUAAGCUGUCUCUUUUCCAGCUUGGAAUCAGUCCUCAGAUAGCAGCCUCCAUUCUUAUGCAGGUACUUUGUCAUGUUGUUCCUUCCUUAGUGAAGCUGCGGAAAGAAGGCUUGGACGGCCAUGAGAAGAUUAAGAGUUAUAUAUGGUGGAUCUCACUUGGCUUUGCAAUAUUAGAGGCUCUUGUACUUGCUUGUUAUUCGCUUACAUAUUCAGUCUAUGCAGCUAGUCACAGGGUCAAGCAUGUGAUGGUUACAACUCUUUUCUUAGUAUGUGGUGCAAUGACUAUGACAUGGAUCUGUGACAAAAUAUCAGAAUCUGGAUUUGGUCAAGGAUCAUCUCUAAUCAUAUGUGUGGGAAUUUUGACUGGAUAUACGGACACGUUAUACAAGAUGUUGGUUCAGCUAUCAGGUGGUGCUGUGAGUUGGUGGCCAUAUAUCCUUGCAGUAUUAGGCGUUUUCACUAUAGUCACAAUGUGGGCUGUUGUUGUAACUGAGGGUUGCAGGAAAAUCAAGCUGCAGUACUAUGGCUUCAAACUUGCCUCUGCUACAAGAGAUGACUCUCCAAUUACAGAGGUGGAGCCUUAUAUUCCCUUCAAUAUUAAUCCAUCAGGAAUGCAGCCUGUUCUCACCACUGCCUAUCUCUUGGCAUUCCCCAGCAUUCUUGCAAGUCUCCUACGUUCGCCCUUCUGGGAGCACAUCAAAGAGAUAUUGAACCCUGAAACUUCUAUUGGUGCAGAGCCAUGGGUUUACUAUUCAAUUUAUGCAUUUUUUGUCUUUGUUUUCAAUAUAUUUGACAUUGCCAACAUGCCAAAGGAAAUCGCUGAUUACUUAAAUAAGAUGGGUGCCAGAAUACCAAACAUAAAGCCUGGAAAGGCCACCAUAGCAUACCUAACAAAGAUACAGGCAUCGACACGUUUUUGGGGGGGGCUGUUACUUAGUUUCUUGGCUACAAUGUCAACAAUACUUGAUCAUUAUUUACGCCGUAUCAAUCAGGGAUUUUCAAUAGGGUUUACAUCAGUUCUUAUCAUUGUGGGUUCCAUCAUUGAACUCAGAAGAUCUUAUCAAGCAUAUAACGUAAUGCCAGAUUUGAGCAAAGCUCUAAGACGGUAUGGUGUAUGACCUCCAAAGCGGCCAAUGAUACUCGUGUACAACACAAAGUCUUCACCGUCUUUAAUCAAGGGAACCUCCUGCCAUCAACACCCACUUCUUUAAAUCGAGACUCCAGAUUUAGCCGAGCAGCUGGUAUUGCAACAACAAAGACAAUGUCAUCAUCCACCAUCUCAUUCCAAGAUCAUGGUCUCUAGCCUUGGUUUUCUAUCUGGCUUCUGUACCUUAAAAAAUUAUUGUUUAUUUUUAUUUGGGUUGUAGAGUAACCAAUGCAGCUGGGGUUCUUUUGCCUCCUACCCCAGAGACAGGGGAUUCCAGAUUUCAUAUAGAUGAAAAUUGUCAAGUUAUAUACAUACUUUGUAGUUAAAUCUAUAGUAACGGGCUUUCUGA